AUGCCUGAGAGAGACGCGUACUAUGGUAAGCUGGCAGCCAAAACCAUGGAAGAGAUGCACUUGAUUGACUCAACGAACGACAAGUCACCCUUGAUGUUUUCGCUUCAGAAAGGGAAUCCUCUAGCCGUUGUAAAAGUCGGCAAUAACAAUAUACCACAAGAGAGAAAGCAACGGAUAGCGAGAGAGUUCAAUUUUUCAGAGACUGUUUUCUUGCAUAAUGCAGAGGCCGGACAACCUCCAAGAGUGGAUAUCUUCACGCCCGUCAACGAAAUGGAUUUCGCUGGCCACCCUGUUAUUGGGGCCGGUCAUCUCCUCUUUCGGGAGCUCCAGGGUAACAACAGCCACGCCCCAGGACAAGAACAACAGAACUUGACGAUUUUGACGAAGGCCGGGCCAGUUGCGGUAAGCUAUGAACCUUCAGAGGAAGUGGUUUCGGCCGAAGUUCCCCACAAUGUUCACGUGCAUUCCCGCGGGACCCCUAUCACGAACAUUAAAGAUGUCCAGCCCAGUAUGAGCGCUUCGGAUUUCCAGGAUGUCGAAGAUACGCAUCCAACGGUUUCCAUCGUCAAGGGGGUGACUUAUGUUCUGAUGGAUCUUACGGAACACCCAGGUCUUUUCGCCAACUUGGUGCCCGGUGAUAGCCCGAAACUCGAUCUCGAUGAGGGCUGGGCUCCGUCUUUCACUGGUAUUAUGUACUAUAGAGCACUGGGAUCUCGAGAGCAGGGCGACACAAGAGUCUGGAAUCUCCGCGUUCGUAUGAUCGCUAUCAACCUGGAAGAUCCGGCGUGUGGAAGCGGUUCGUGCGCUCUAGGCGCUUAUCUGGCUUUGAGCAAGGGUCAACAGAGUCGGAAACAUAGGUUCUACAUCGAUCAAGGAGCAGAGAUGGGGAGAGAUAGCCACAUUGUGGUUGACAUCACUCUAGACGAAGAGGGAACCAAGGUCUCUACUAUCAAGCUUGCCGGCAGGGCAGCCUUUGUGGCUGAAGGGAAGAUAUUUAUUAGCUAA